CCUCUAUUCUUAUAGACCAGCAGGAAGAGCAGAACAGGCAGGCCGAUUUGUGGAUCUUCCUUCCGAAUUAUUAAGCAUGAUCAAGGUGGUUGUAUCUAAUGUGAGAGAGCAGGGGAACUGCUCCCUUCUUGAAUGACGAGGACUAGGAGGAAAAUCGGAUCAAGGUGUUUGUGGUGCGAGAAGGGAGGCCAUCUGCAACGAGUAUUUUGCUACAUUAAGUAGAGGAGGUUCAAAGUUAAUUUGGAAGUUGAAUGCUUGAUGGUAAGUUAAGGCCAGAGAGCUCUAGUGGAGAAAAGCUUACCGGAGGAAUUUGCUUGUAUUUCUGCAGAAGUGUAUUGCAGGGUCGUAAGUGGCUAUUUUUGUAGUAGUAGUUUACAACCUUUAUCAUUUUUUGUGGUAGGAUGGUACCAGUAAUACUCAUGGUGUAAAUUUUGUUGCAGUUUUUGAUCAAAAGGUACUGUUGGAAGCUAGAGAUCUGUAGGUGGAGAAGGUUUUGUGAUACUGGAUGAAUUUGCUCGGACUUUUGUGGAAGUCCCAUUUGGGAGUCAUAAGUGGCUAACUUUUGUCACUGUAGUUUACAAACUUUGUGAUUGGUCACUGUAGGAUGAUAGGAGCAGUGCCUUUGCUUUUUUUUUUUUCCAGCUUUUUGUUCAAUAGGUACUGAUCUUAUAGUUGUAACAGUAAAAUUUGAUGUCUUGGACACCAGUAGUAACAAAUGGUUUAGUAUAGCAUUUUAUGUGUUGCGCAAAAUCUGUGCAGUAUAGAUCAGCUUCUGUUCCUCUUAAAUGCCCGGUAGUUUUUUUAUUUUUUUGGAGCAUGCCUGGAAGUAUUUUGAAGUUUUGUGUUUUCAAAAAUGCUGCUGUUAAUUAAUUUAGUUAUUUUUAUUGAGCCUUUGAUGUAGCUAGCUAUUUAUACUAGUUCUAUGCAUUGAUUGGCAACCGUAUAAAGCGCUACUGUGCCUUGGUUAAAUCAGCGGGGAAGCCACCCUAACAAACUUGUCUUGUGGGAUGGAGAAAACCUCAAAUCGGAUAGGUGAAGAGAUGUUGAUGGGGCCUCUUCACAGGAAAUGCCGGAAUGGGUGGAGUGAUUAGGGAUGAAUAAAACUGUUAUUUAUCAGGCUUUAUGGUUAAUCUGGAUAAAAAAGCAAUGCGGUGGCAGAACUUUGGGGGAUGAACUACGGACACUCCAUGGCAUGGAAUAUGGGAUACAAAAAGAUUACUCUGGUGUUGGACUCACAAGUUGGGAUACAAUUGGUAGGUGAAUCAAUCAGACGCUGGAUGAACCAAGUGUGGGAGUGUAAGAUGGAGCAUUGCAGGAGAGAAACCGAACAUGGCUGCUGAUUGGUUAGCUAAGCAAAGUCUUAAUAGUCAGCUAGGUCUACAACUGCAAGAGAGAAGGUCUGGCGCAUUGUGAUAUAUUGGUAAUUUUAUUCAUCACCAGCUAGCCACUCUGUAGAUAAUGGCUACACAGGGAAAGGAAGAAGAGCAUCAACAUUCAGGAGAUAACCAACAAGCAACAAACCAAGCUGAUGUUGGCUGGAUGGGAGCGAUUCAGCAACAAUAUCGCAGAAUCAAAGAAAAUGCAGAAACCUACCCUUAUGUAUGGGGUUCUUAUAUUGUUGUGUAUGGUGGAUUUGGACUCUGGUUUGCCUACAGAUGGAGAAAGCUCAGAAGAACUGAGGACAGAGUUCGAGUUCUGCAAGAGAGACUCCGCAAACUCGUUGAAGCUGAAGAAUCAGCAAGUUCUAAAGUUGCUGAAAGUUCUACAGUAGGUGAAAAGGCACCAACGUCUUCUGAUAAAUCCAAAAUUUAGUUGCUGCUGUUCCCAAUUGAAUUCAAUGUGUUUCCUGAAAGCUGUUAAUAUCACACCUUUUGAUGUUUUAAAUGGCUGGAAAAGCGUUUGAUUGGUAAAUCUGGAGAAAAUUUCUGUGACAAUGAUUUGCUAGAGCUAAGUGCUAACAGAGAAAGCCAAAUUGUAGAGCAUGUUGGUCUUGAUAUAGUUUUGCUAGACUGAUGUAUGUGGCAUUUAUUUCUGCAAACUAAUAUGUAGAAUUAGAUUCUUGAAAUUAUUUCUAUUUCCAU